UCAACGGAUAUGGAUACAGGUGAGCCAGGAGAUUUUUUGCGUAAUUUGCGGCAUAAAAUGCAUGUUUACUGUUUGCACACAUGCUGACUCUCGUUACAGGCAGACAUGCGCAUCCACGGCGAAAUGGCUCUGCACCUCACACACUGAAAACAGUGCAACUGGGGCAUGCAUUCACUUUGACAGAGCGGACCAACAAGCUGCUGUAGUCUCUAGCAGAGCCACGGGAAUAAAACGACGUCUUGGUUUUCUGCAAUAACAUUGGAUUACUGGAGCUGUAGGAGGUGGGUUUGAAGGAAGAUUUCAGUUCUAAAAAAACGAGGAAACGUACAGAUGUGAAAAAGCAGGUGCGUUUCGAGAUUUAGCACCUCGGUUUUUUUUCUUUUGCAAUCUGAUCUUCGGCCGGAGCCUGUGAAAUGCAUCCUCUACCUGAGAGAUGUGUGGCACCACGAAUGCAGCCUACAGAGAGCUUCUCUGCUGACAUGCUGUGGAUGGCUGUGGAGGACUGAGACUGCCACCAAUACUAAUCUCAUAAUCAUAAUCAUAAUCAUCAUCAUAUCAUCAUCAUCAUCAUCAUCAUCAUCAUCAUCAUCAUCAUUGUUUGCCACUUCAAACACCAAGACACAAGAGGCCAGAGGCUGCUUUUGGCUGAUCAAAGAGCCAGCAGUCACAAAGCACCUGUAGACCAUGACUCCUGCAGAGCUGCCUGUGUGAAAGCAGCAUGAGAUAAUCGAGGAGUACCAUACUAAUCGCUGAAUCAAGCCUUUUCUGUUGGGUGGUGAUGAAAAUGUUCCAGUGUGUCAGUUGACUGAUAGGGUUGCAGUUCUAUUUUAGCGGGACUUAACCAGUAGCUGAAGCGCAGACACCACAAAGAAGAUGGCUCGUCCAGGAUCAGGGCUGCUGGUACCUGUCAAUGGUCUGGGAUACCCUCCUCAGAACCUUGCCAGGGUGGUGGUCUGGGAGUGGAUGAACGAACAUGGCCGCUGGAGGCCCUACAGUGCAGCGGUUUGCCACCAUAUUGAGAAUGUACUGAAGGGGGAUGCUCGGGGAACUGUAGUCCUAGGGCAGGUGGAUGCCCAGCUCGCUCCCUACAUCAUCGACCUGCAGUCCAUGCACCAGUUUCGACAGGACACAGGCACCAUGAGACCAGUGCAGAGAAACUUCUACGAGCCGUCUUCUGCCCCGGGGAAGGGCGUGGUGUGGGAGUGGGAGAACGACAACGGCUCGUGGACGCCGUAUGACAUGGAGAUCUGUGUGACCAUCCAGAACGCCUACGAAAAGCAGCACCCCUGGCUGGACCUGACCUCUUUGGGCUUCUGCUACCUCAUCGACUUCAACAGCAUGUGUCAGACCAACAGGCAGAGCCAGCGUAAGAGACGCCUGCGGAGACGCAUGGACCUGGCCUACCCGCUCAUCAUGGGCUCCAUCCCCAAGUCCCAGUCGUGGCCCGUGGGAGCCAGCUCCGGCCAGCCCUGCUCUUGUCAGCAGUGCAUCCUUGUCAACAGCACGAGAGCUGCCUCUAAUGCGAUUCUGGCCUCUCAACGGCGUAAACACUACGGCGGUACAGCAGGCAACCCAGGCGCUACAGGAACCCUCACUGCAGUGCGGCAGAGCAACACCUUUGCUGGAACCUCCCUCUGGUCCCCGACAUCCGCCUCCUCGGGCCCCAACAACAAUAACAUAAGUAUGGGAGGUGGGCAUGCCAAAGCUGAACAGGUGCUGUUGCCACUGUCCUCUGCCAACUUCCCCUGUUCCCCCGUGAUGCCGACUCUGUCAGCCGCCCAUGGCCACCACGCUCUUACCAUCAACGGACAGAACAACCUGAACCGGCCGGGCACACAGCGCAUUUCCAUGAGCACUGCCAGAGGAGCCAUCCCAACAGGGGUUCCUGCUCUCCCAGUAAAAAACCUGACUGGAUCUGGACCAGUGCACCCAGCAUUAGCUGGUAUGACAGGUAUCCUGAUGUGCGCUGCAGGUCUGCCGGUUUGCCUGACCCGGGCCCCAAAGCCCAUUCUGCACCCACCACCGAUCAAUAAGAGCGACAUGAAGCCUGUACCAGGGAUCAAUGGCAUGCGUCGCAAAACCAAGAAAAAGCACCUGAGGAGAGGCAAAAACCCAGAGGAUGUGGUGAGAAGAUACACAGAGAAGAUUAAAAUGAUGCCAGAUGAGGACUGUACCAUCUGCAUGGAGAGGCUGGUCAUGGCAUCAGGCUAUGAAGGCAUCCUGCAGCACAAAGGCAUCAAGCCAGAGCUGGUAGGCAAGCUUGGCAAGUGUGGCCACAUGUACCAUCUGCUGUGCCUGGUGGCCAUGUACAACAAUGGCAAUAAGGAUGGCAGUCUUCAGUGCCCAACAUGCAAAACCAUCUAUGGGGAGAAAACAGGCACCCAGCCUCCUGGGAAGAUGGAGUAUCACGUCAUCCCCCACUGCCUGCCCGGCUACCCAGACUCCAAGUCCAUCCGCAUCGUCUACGACAUUCCUGCUGGUAUCCAGACCAACGAGCACCCCAACCCAGGGAAGAAGUUCAGUGCCAGAGGGUUUCCCAGACACUGCUACCUCCCUGACAAUGACAAAGGCAGGAAGGUCCUGAAGCUGCUGAUCAUGGCCUGGGACCGACGCCUCAUCUUCACCAUCGGCACGUCCAGCACCACUGGAGAGUCGGACACGGUGGUCUGGAACGAGAUUCACCACAAGACAGAAUUUGGCUCCAACCUGACUGGUCACGGCUACCCGGACCACAAAUACCUGGACAACGUCCUGACAGAGCUGUCGGCCCAGGGGGUCGGCGAGGACAACCUGAAGGACUGAUUCCUGCCUGAGCUGGUUCACAGGAACAGCGCACAACAUGCCCCACCAUCUCCCAGCAAAGGAAGCUUCAUGACGUGCCAAAAAGCAGCCGACAACUCUUUACUCCCCACACACGAAAAUACCCCGCAGAAGUAAUGGCACAAGAGCAACUCAAGCAAAAUAAACAACGUGGUUAUGGUCGAUAUCUUGAUUUAUGUAACCUAAGAUUUUCCCCCCUGCUGUCUCUUGAUCCAUGCCCUGAGCAUGUUGUGUACACAUUUUCUCAGAGGGUAGACAAGCGUAAAGACAAGGUGAGGUUUCUGUCUUGGUCAAUGGUAUUUAACCCCUUUAGAUCAAACUGAAGCUGUUCCUCUGCACUUGAUGAGGGGACAAAGCUGGCGUAUUUUUUAAAUGCUAAACUCCAGAAUGCAUGGCCCAGACUAACGCUGCAUAAUGAAGAUUGGGCAAUAACCUGCAAUCUGACGAGAUGUCGAUAGAUCAGCUGUUGCUCAAUAUUGUGAAGAUUAUAUUUAAGAGAAUUUCAGCAUAUUGAAUUAAUCCAAAGGAAUUCAUUAUUUGCAUCCUCCUUUUUCUCAUAUAUUUGAUUAUUGUCCUGUAACAAGUGGUGGUUUCGUGAUUUGAAGGAGACUUUUUGGUGACUGUAAAGUUGCAAUGGGCUAUUCUGAAAUGUUCCACUUCAGAUACUUUAGGUGAAUUGUUUUCUACAAUGAAAGUGUGUCCUGUAGUGCAUGAAGUAAACUCCGGAGAAAUAAGGCUUUGAAACAUUGGUGUUUGAUAUUAAACCUAUGUUCUAUAAGCAGAGACAUGAAAGAUAGAAAAACAAGCAUCUUACCAGUCAGUCUGAUGCCUGUUAUGAGAUGUUGUAAACUGAAAGGCUGUGGUUGUUAAGCGGGAUUUUAUACGCUCCAAGGUUAAACUCAUUUGUUUUGUUGACACACUGAUGACGCUGACCUCUGUGAAUGUAAGGCCUGCGUUAUUUUUCUCCCUGUUGGAGGCAAACCCGGGUGUCGGCACGAUCCAUCAUGCUGACCAUACAUGAGGGGUGAGUGUGUGAUUGCGAGGCAAUAAUAUGCUGGCUUAAGGUUCUUGAGGAGAAAAGCUGAACACACUCCUCGCAGAUGGACGUUCGUCUUACAAACACCAACAGUUCUCUCUGUUGGAGAUCCAUCUUUGGCUCCUGCUCGCCUGCCAUCAACAAGUCUCUUGUGAGCUUGUUAGCUUGUACAGCAGGCAAUGAAACAUCUCAUUUCCUGCGUGAGCUCACUCAGAGUUGUUAGGCAAGAUGCUAAUGUAUGGCCUCGCCCCCAUAUUUCCUCCUCAGCAGCAGCAGCAGAGUACUUGCAACCAUGCAAAUGUUGGUCAAGUAUUUAGUUCGCCGGGAAUAAAAUGUUCCUGCACUCUCCAUAUCCACCUCAGAUUUUAUGCCCGUGAGGUACAAAGUUUUCUGUAGAUCCUUGGUGGAGUCGUACUGUUACUCUACUCGGAGAUUAAAGAUAACACAGUGCUGCAUAAUUCUCCAUAAUUAUAUCUGAUCAAUUUUAAUGAGUGGGGGAUGUAGAUCUAUGGUUUAUCGUGUGAGCAUCCAGCUGUGAGCUUAAUUUUGGAGUGAAUCAUAGUCUUCCAUAGCACUUUGAGGCAACGGUUUUGUUCAGUCAGUCCAUUUAAUUUUUAAGGAAAUUGUCUUAAAUUGUGUUUUUUUUUAUUGAUGUUUAUAGACCUGCUUGCGAUGCUUUGAAAAAUAUAUACAAUAUACAUUUGCAAAUGUGAUAUACCUUUAAAUUCAAGCUCAAUUUGAGUCGAUGGUGUUAGUUUAAUUUAUUUUUAUACUCUUCUAUAUAGAAUAUAUAAAAUGACCAUCUGGCCCACAUAUCUAUACACAGGCACAUGUUAACAUGAAUACAGAAAAUUUGGCAAAGAUGAAUUUGUCAGUAUGUCAGGGACUGUUGAAAUAUGUACGACAUGUUAUGGACGUCUUAUAUUACGAGUAGUCUUAGCGUAUGCUGCUGUCGUUACCUUAAUGUAGAAUCUAUGUAGUCGAUCCUGUGGACUCCAAUAAAUACAGUGAGUGUGUCUUUAUUAUUGGUGGGGGAGCUUUAGCAGCAUGAAGAUGUCCGUUCCCCCUUAAUGGGCCCAUUCUCUUUUUCUACUUGUCCAGAAAAUGGAAUGGUUGCAGUAGGCAAUCUUUGUUCAGUUUGAAGGUGAAAACGGCAUGCCUGGGUUAAAUAAAAGCUACAAAUAAUUUUUGGGGUCUUUGCUUUAGGUACAUGGAGCAACAGAUUGGUGCAAUUUGACCUGAGUCAGUUGUCAAUUUAGGUAUAACCUACUAAAAACACAUUUUUUCAAUCAUCUUCUCACUUUAUCUUACACAAACACACCAAUACAUUUUUUGCCAUUUCUUUGUGUUUAUAGCCUUGCUUUUCUUAAAGCAUGUUAAUACAAAAAGCCUCUUUUUGCCUGGCAUUAUACCAAGCAAUUCAACAACUAGAGGGUUUGGCCUGUCUGUUUGUAUUUGUCCUAAAAAACAGAGUGUAACAAACCAAGGUCUGAAGUUCACUCACAGCUACAAGCUACGUAGCUACAGAAGUUAGCUGUUAGCUAGAUUUUGUAUCGUUAAGCUAGGCACAUUAGCUUUAAAUGGCGUCUUUGUCAUGAGUUUUUUUAUGUUAUAGGGAAAAAAAUAGUUUUCAGGGGCUUUGAAGUACUUCUGUGUAUACACUAACACCUGCAUAGGCAAACAAACCACCAAAAUUAUUUGUGAGUGUGAUUUUUGACCCAGGUGUUGAAAACAGUUUUGUUUGGUUUUUUCCUUCACAACCUUUUUGACUCCCUUUAUAUUACGGGACAGCAAAAGAGAAUGCUUCCAACCUUUCAGGGAAUUUUUUCCAUGUUGAGUGAAGUUUUGUUAACCAGAGAAAUCCAAAUGUUUGCUUCUUCUUUGACUUUCCCUUUCCAUGUGUCGGCCUUGUAGUACGGCCCUUUAGACUUUUCAGGUGUGUACAGACUUAUAUGGCCAUGACGAAGAAUACAUGGUUUGGCAUACAGUAUGUGUCUGAAAGAGAGAGAUGGUGUUUAUGCAAUUUACUAUUUUUAAGAUCUAUUACAUGAUUUAUGUGUAGCAAGAAGGCAGAUCUUUUUGGUUUUAAAUGGCAAUGGAUGUUUUCUUUAUGGGGUGCCUACCUCCAGGAACAAAGGGGUUGCGAUCCGAAGAUGUUCACAUGCUAUGAACUAGAAAACAUAUAUUUUUGAUGUCUUUUUUUUUAUUAUGAUUGUCUCUAAAAGAACUAUAACAUAACAUUGCUGUAUUAUUCUUAUUACGAUUCAUUCCAUGCUAUUUUCACUUUGAUUAGAGGUGUUAAUCACUUUUAUUAUGUGAAGUUUUUACAGUUGUACCCUCUUAUACCUUGACAUUUUGCGCAGAUAAACUUUGUGUUUUUAUCUGUUUGUCUGAGUGAGUGUAUGUGAAUGUAUGCAGAGUGUGCGUUUAGUAAACAGAUAUUAGGUUCAUGUCCUUUGAAGAUACAGUAAUGUUCUCCGAGAGAUGCAUGUUAACCAAACUGUGAGCAAGUUUAUUGACAAUGCAUAGCUUUCUGCGUAUGAAAAAACCAUAGCUUCUUUAGAGAUAUCACCCAGGUCUUCUGGGGAUUUAGCACUGUGGUUUUGCAUCUUACUCCAGAUAGAUAGUUUAUUUCCUCUACCGGGUUUGAUUUCCGCAGAUGUGGAUGACUCAGCGUUUGGCUGCUCUCCUCACUCUUUUAUCAUCUCGAACAUCCGAAUGUGUUGCAUUUGAAGUGCUCAUUUUUAUUAACAUCUUUCAAAUCAUGAUUUUUGUGGUUUGAUUUCUCUGAAGCAGUGUCUACAUAUUGCUAUUUAAAAAGGUUCACAAAGAUAACAGAGAUCAAUUAAAAGCAAGAUAUAGAGAUACAUUGAUUCAACUAUAAAGGGCUUCUUAAUCUAUCGGUCUUUAUUGAAUUGUGAUGACAUCGUUGCAUGUUUGUGUGUUUCUUGUGGAAAAAUAAAUGUGCCCUGGAUAAGGGUAGUUUGUUUGAA